AAAUAAAAAUAAAAAAUUCCAUGUUUGCUUAUAAAAAAUUGGAGUUACGAGUAACACAGGAUUUAUUUUACACCCUGAGUUUUGGAUUCUUGCGGGGUGGCUCUAUAAAAGGUAGCACACCCAAUAAACGUUAUAGCAUUAUUAUUCUGCGUCUUCUUUCUUUCUCUCUUUGCUUACCAAAAUCACUUUUUAGCCCACAACAAGAACAGAGACCCCCAUUUCUUUUUUCCUUUGUAAUUUUCCCACAACCAAUCAAUCCCAACUUAAUUCACAUGCCAAAAAGGGCUGUUGUUGUUGAUUCCAUGGAAAACAUACUUGGGCUCCUCAGGAUUCAUGUCAUCCGAGGUAUAAACCUUGCUGUCAGAGAUGUUGUAAGCAGCGAUCCUUAUGUUAUCGUCCGGAUGGGCAAACAGAAAUUGAAAACGCGUGUGGUGAAGAAGAAUAUCAAUCCCGAGUGGAAUGAAGAUCUCACCCUCUCCAUUUCUGAUCCAAACAGCCCAAUCAAGAUAGUAAGUUACCUAACUUAUUCUUUUCAAAGUAUAGUAGUAUGUGAUUCUGACUUCUGACCUCUUCUGGUAAUCUUUCAAUAUACAAUAGUAAUAAUAGUCCAUUAAAGUCCAAUAAUUUUGCACCCCAAAUAACAAAUACCAUCUGCCGCAAUAUUCGCACCUAGUCAAAGUUUCUCAAAUUGAAAAUUGGGAAAAGAUUUGGUUUUUAAAUGGGCAUUUCAGAAAGUUCAAUUCCUCAAGCAUCUAUAAAUUCUGGUUAUUUAAUUAGUACCCUUAUGUGGAAUUUUGCAAAAAGAAACAAAAAUCUGUACAUUCUUUGAAGUCAAAAAAGUGAAGAUGCCGCAUGCAAUUAUUAGCCCUUUUGGUUCUAAUUCAAUCUCACAACUUUUGCAGCAAGUGUACGAUAAGGACACAUUCUCUCUGGAUGACAAGAUGGGGGAUGCAGAGAUUGACAUUAGUCAGUUCAUGGAAGCUGUGAAGAUGAGGUUUAAGAACAUUCCCAGUAAUACGGUGAUCACUACAUUGAAACCCGGUAGGCAAAAUUGCUUGGCUGAAGAAAGCAGCAUCAUUUGGCAAGAUGAUAAGGUUAAGCAGCACAUGUUUCUGAGAUUGCAGAACGUCGAACGUGGUGAGAUUGAGCUUCAGUUGGAGUGGAUUGAUGUUCCUGGUUCCCGAGGUCUGUAGAUUAUACUACAAGUUUACUAAACUGAUCAUUUAGACCAUGGUGAUGAUGCAAUGAAUUAAUGGUGUACAGUUUCAGUUGUUGUUGUAGUGCCAAAAAUGAUGAAAAAAAAUAAGACCAAGGUUUUUUUUUUUUUUUUUUUACAUAUAUAUAUAUAGGUUACAUAGUUUUACUUUUAGGGUGAUGAGAUUGCGAAAAGCUUGUUAUGUUAUGAAUGCUUUUAGUUUUGUAGUGAUUUUGCCGAAAUUUUUUUUUUUUUGAGUGAUGUAUAAUCGAAGGUUCGUCCAAACACCUCUUUUCUGCUUACAUACGAGGUUUACUUAAAAUACCAUACGUCUUCUUUUUUUUUUUGUAAAAGGACCAUACCUCUCUUAAGGUGUUAGUAACAAGGCCUACCAAUUAAGGCAGUGGCGGAGAUAGGAGACCAGCAAGAGGGGUGGUAUCCUUAUUCCAAAAUUUUUAUGAAGGAAUGGUUAAAUCUUUUUUAGUUUAAAUUGUAGAAGAUUAUAAUUUCGCCCCUCCUAUACCGCAACAUUGUCAUGUCAUCCCUCUUAUUUGGAAUUUGUAGUUCCACGUUAACCCC